AUGAAGUUCGCUCUCAUUGCCAUCACCCUCGCCAGCCUCGUCGUUGCUGUCCCUUUCACACCCGAGGAGAUCCGCGCAGGUGCCGCUGCCCGUAUUGGAUCUCGUGACGCCGGGGUCGUCGAGGAGGGUCACACCAUGCGCUCUCUGGACGACAUGUCUAACGCGGAUGUCAUGAAGCGCGCUUGUUCUUACAACACGCCUUGCAACUGUUCUGGUCUUAAGGCUGGACUCUUCUGCGGUGACGGCGUCCUUGGCUGCACCCGUGGUCUUGUUUACCAGUGCUCUACCGACGGCCACACUACCUGUGUCUACGGCCCUCGCAACUCGUGCAAGAAGUGUAACGCGCUCUCUUGCUAA